AUAGGGUUCUUCGUGCGUAAACACUGGUGCUCCGCUGCACUCUAAUUAAAGAUGGAACACUCGAGUACAAAGGCAACACUAUUUAUGGCCAUUAUAAAGGAAGCAAACGCUUGAAACUUGUGAGAGAGGAACAUUUUGACAUUUUGUUGCAUAACGCAUUGUGAACACGUGAACUGACUAUACUAUCCGCCGAUGAUGUUGAGGAGGAUGGUGAAGAGAGAAUGACAUCUCCAGUGCUUACCUCAGAACCUUGGUCCAGCUUCACCAACCAAUCGACACCAGGACCUACCAACCGGACAUGCAGUGGCAGCGAAGACUUCAAAUAUUUGGCUUACACAGUCACUUACAGUGUUGUAUUCCCUGUUGGAUUUAUCAGCAACUUCAUAGCUCUUUUUGUGUUCCUACGUCUUACUCCUAAGAAGACAGCCAACACUGUGUUUAUGACUAACUUGGCCAUUUCGGAUGUUUGCUUCUCAUUGACGUUGCCCUUUCGACUGGUCUACUACUUUAGGGGCGGUCAAUGGGACUUCCCAGACUGGCUUUGUCGCUGGUGUGUAUUUUCCUUCUACCUUAACCUCUACACCAGUGUACUGUUUCUUACAGGCCUAAGUGUGUUACGGUACAUCGCCGUGGUACACCCAAUCCGUAACAAGACCUUGGUAACGGUGCGCCGAGCCAGUCUAAUAUGCUUUGCCAUCUGGAUUUUUGUUGCCGGAUUGUCAUCACCAUUCCUCAUGACAGGAACUUUGCAGCGCAAUGAAAAAACUCGUUGCUUUGAACCUGGGACCAGAAAGUCUUGGAAGCGAAUAUUUGUCUUGAACUAUGUGGGAGUUUUGUUUGGAUUUGUCAUUCCUUUCAUAAUAAUUUUAGCCUGCUACGGAUGCAUCGUAAGCAAACUCGUCAACGGACAGAAAAUUGGGAAUCGAAAGCGCAACAAUCGACGGCGCUCGGUGUAUUUGAUCGCUGUUGUCCUAAGUACAUUUCUGCUGUGUUUUCUACCAUAUCAUGUCGCCCGCACAGUCCAUCUCCAUGCCAUUGUUUUAGUCAUGGAUUGCCAGGUCACCGAGUAUCUCCUAAGAAUUCUGGUCAUCUCGCUUUGCAUGGCAGCAUCCAAUAGUUGCUUCAAUCCCUUACUGUACUACUUUGCAGGCGAGACCUUCCGUACAGCCAUUCGUAGAGCUUCAGAUCGAGGAACAUUCAAUUCGUUCAACCAGAGUGGUUUCUACCCAUCUUUUCAUCGUAGGAGCCAAUUAGACACCUGGCAGAGAACGAGACGCCAAAGCUCCGUUGGCUCACGCCAAGACUGUCCAUAUUCCUUAGACAGCUGUCAGGCCCUAAAUGAAAACAAGGCUAAUGGUUGCCUGAAGGCCCGAAAUUUAAGCAGGUCCCGAGAUAAAAAUGACACAGAAAGUGACAAAAAUGACACAGAUUUUUAGAAUGCAAACCAGUCUUAUGAUAAUUUGUACGAAAUGGCGAAAUCACUAGAUAUCGUAUGACUUGGCUCAUAUGAAAAGGUACGACUUUUGUUCCCAUAGAGACCAACCAAUCAACAAACAGAAUUUUAAAUCGUAUUAACGUCGAUUAACACCGUUUGUUGGUUCAUUUUUUUUUUUUCUCUAUGGGAGUAAAACAGAUUUCACCAUCUUGUACUAUUAUUGCGACUUGUCAUGAGACCUGAAUGAAAAAUGCACCUGUUAUUGUUUUAUCUGUUAUGUAACAUUUUAUAUAUUUGAUAAUGUUCUAUUCUAAGACUAUCUAGUGAUGGAUGUUGUGACCUGUUGGUUGUAGAUAUCUGUAUUCACUGUCUCAGGGGUCAGUGUUGUUGAACGUGUAGCUGAAAUGAAGUGAUUUGUCAGGAAAAAAGAGUCAAAUCUGCACUGAUGACCAUGAAUGUGAAAAAUUCAAAAUUUUGAGAUUACGUAAAAAUCUACAAUGAAGGGAGACAGAGAGCUAGGACCAGCCCAUUAUUUAGAAUGUAUUGUAAUGGAGCAUUUAUUGCAUUAUGGUCUUGUGCAUUUUUUAUUUAUAGCUACAGCCAUAAUUGUUGAAACUGAGAAUUAAUUGACAUUCAAAUGAAAUAUUUGACAUAAUUGGAUGACACACUGUGUUGUUAUAUGGUGAGAAAAAAAUAUAGGUUGCAAUGGGGCUAAAGGCACCCCUUAAAGAGGCCCUAUUAUGCUUUUUGGGAUUUUACCUUUCCUUUAGUGUGUAAUAAAGCUGUUUGUGUAUGUAAAAUGUCUGCAAAUUUACAAAGCGCAAAGUCCACACCAAAGGGAGUUACUCUCUCCCACAGAAAACACUGCUCGUGAACUGCCUGAAACGCCUGGUUUGCAGUCUAGCCAUUACUUCCGUGACAUAGCUACGUAACAUAUUUGCAUAAUGCGCUCCUCAGGAAGCCUCUGGAGCUGAAACUCGGUUGUGGUAAGGGACAUUACAUUUCCGACACAUGCUUUAAGCGGUUGACCAAUCACAACAGAGACAGGAGCUACAACAGAGAAAUUCAGACAGAGGGUGAAAAGAGGUGCUGCAGCAUUGUACAGUAUGUGAAAAAUAAUGUGUUUUUUUAACAUUAAGGCAUGUAAACCUAUUCUAGUAGACACCCAAAAUAAAAUUAUGAACCUGUAAAUGAGCAUAAUAUGGGCUCUUUAAAGAAAACGGUCGCAAAGUAUAUCAAGAUUGAAAAAAUCUGGCACCAACAAUCAUGCCAUGGUCCAAAUAACUGAGAUCACAUUUUUUCUCCAUUCUGAUGGUUGAUGUGAACAUUAACUGAAGCUCCUGUCCCGUAUCUGUAUGAUUUUAUGCACUGCACUGCUGCCACACGAUUGGCUGAUUAGAUAAUCGCAUGGAUGAUUGUUGGUGCCAGACGGGCUGGUUUGAGUAUUUCUGUAACUGCUGAUCUCCUGGGAUUUUCAUGCACAACAGUCUCUAGAAUUUACUCAGAAUGGUGCCAAAAACAAAAAACAUCCAGUGAGCGGCAGUUCUGUGGAUGGAAACGCCUUGUUGAUGAGAGAGGUCAACAGAGAAUGGCCAGACUGGUUUGAACUGACAAAGUCUACGGUAACUCUGUACAAUUAUGGUGAGAAGAAUAUCAUGUCAGAAUGCUAUUCUGAGAUGCGGGUUGGCGCUGUUUGCCGACACGAGGGGGACCUACACAAUAUUAGGCAAGUGGUUUUAAUGUUGUGGCUGAUCGGUGUGUACAUAUAUAUAUUUCUGACACUGAUUGUGUGUCUGCGAAGUUAUUGGAAUGUGGUGACUGGGCUGAAAAGCAUUUAUGACUGACAAAGGAAUGUGUGUCUGUAGUUUGCAGUAGAAAGGGACAGUUGCACUAAAUAAAGAGGAGGAAGAGAAAGUUUACAGAAUAGAUGUCUUUAUAACUCUACUGAAUAAGCGAACCAUAGGCAAGCUCAUCUCAAAGCAUCUCUGUUUUUCUUCUAUUUCCUUGUUUUCUCUCAGUUCUCAACCAAAAGAAUGAAAUUAGUGUGUAUGUGGCUUCUCUUUAGACCUUGCUCAGAUGUGGUAUCAAGUUAUAAUGGCAUAUCUAAUUUAUCCCAAAUUAGAGACAUACCAAAGGUCAGCUGUUGAACUUUCAUUGUUAAUUCAUGGAGAAUGGGAUUAUUCUUAUGGAUAAUUUUCUUAUGGUCAGAAAAUAAGAAUGCCAUAAUUCAAAGACGCUAGACUACUCUUACACAACUAAAUAAUUUGUCAAAACAACAAUUACGGCAUUGUUUUCCCCCAUUCAAGAGGAAAUUUGCUGGCAUUUGGCAGUUUAACAGCAGUCAGUGUGAUUAAAGACAUGAAAAGCAUGUAAUUCUACACAAUUGAUAUUUGGAGGAUAUACACUUGCUGUUUUGGAAGAUCAAAAUCCCUGCGCAGAAAUAAUAAGGUUAAUCAGUCUUCUAACGUGCAUUUUGUCUUUCUGAGGAAAAGGAAGUGAAGGAAUGUUUUUUUUUUCUCCCCAAUUUGGAAUGCCCAAUUCCCAAUGCGCUCUUAAGUCCUCGUGGUGGCGUAGUGACUCACCUCAAUCUGGGUGGCGGAGGACGAAUCUCAGUUGCCUCCGCAUCUGAGACCGUCAAUCUGUGCAUCUUAUCACGUGGCUUGAUGAGCGUGUUACUGUGGAGACAUAGUGCCUGUGGAGGCUUCAUGCUAUUCUCCGCGGCAUCCAUGCACAACUCACCACGCGUCCCUCCGAGAGCAAGAACCACAUUAUAGCGACCACAAGGAGGUUACCCCAUGUGACUCUACCCUCCCUAGCAACCAGGCCACUUUGGUUGCUUAGGAGACCUGGCUGGAGUCAUUCAGCACACCCUGGAUUUGAACUCGCGACUCCAGGUGUGGUAGUCAGCGUCAGUACUCGCUGAGCUACACAGGCCCCCUGAAGGAAUGUUUCUUAAGUAAAUUUGCAGAAAUUGAGCAGGAGACUUCUCACGUUAAUAUUAUGUUAAUUUAUUGAUUUGCAAACAAUAUUUUAUAUUUAUUUAUAGCCUUCUCACUGCAUAUGUAAGGGCCAGUGGCAAUACCAUUUCAAAGCAUCCAUGAAGGCAUCUCUUUUCCAUAAUACUUUUGUACAUUUUACUACCAUUGGCAUUUCAAAUGUCUUUCCUUUCCUCUUUAUUUUUUUUCUUUACCAUUUUGAAAACUGCAUGAAAAAAACAAUUGUAAAGCACUAUGUGCAG